AUGAAGAGGAGCUUCCCUUCACAUCCCACAGCCGCCACAGGUUGCCUUCCUGUACCGAUCUUCAACCAGAAGAAAAGAAAUAGACAACCACUGACAUCCCUGCCGCAGAUAAAUGAACCCGCUCCCAGCUGUUUCCAUCAUGACCCAGAAGGCUUUGAUUUCUCUGCUGUAUCCACGGAAGCCAGAAACCCUAAACCAGUUAACCCUGAGAAAAAAAUAGACACAAGCUUGCAGGUUCUUCAGCCUAUGCGAUAUUCUUUGGUUCAUCAACAGUAUAAAUCCAACACAACCGGCUGUAGAGCAGUAGUAUUGUUUGUGUUCUUCAAAUAUUUUACUCAUCAAAUGUACAGGCCCGCAGGAAAUAAACAGAAUUCCCUACCUGGAGAAGUAAACUUGCACCAGGGUGUAAGGAGAGAAGUGUUUCCUGAAACUAAAGCUUUCUAUGGAGAAAUGCAGCAUUUAGAAAGUGUAAAAGAACGCCAUGCUUUAAAACUUCACUCUGAAACAAAGACAUCAGGACAGUUACAUUCAGCAACAAAUAAGGGAACUGCAUUGUCAAGAGCAAGGGAUCAAGCAUUAUAUUCCUUUAAAAGCUCUCCCAAGCCAAGUAAAGACAAUACAUUUGCUGAUAUGCCUGAGGAGGAAAUGGUUCAGUCUGUUCCGUUUUAUCAGCUGACUUUCAAAGAAAAGGAAAAUUCUUUACGUAUAAUACCGGCAACUAUCGAGAGCAUGAAACAUUGGAGUGAAUACACAGACAGGAUACCUUUAUUAUUUGAAGUGUUGGCUACACUUGAUUCUGCUGUUACAUGCGGUGAACACGGAUCGAAAAUGUUCCUGUUACGAGAUGGCAAGAGUCACGUGCCUUGUGUUUUCUAUGAAAUAGACAGAGAAUUACCGAGGCUAAUCAGAGGUCGCGUUCACAGGGCUGUGGGUAAUUAUGACAAAAAAAGAACAGUUCUGAAAUGUGUUUCUGUAAGACCUGCCUCUGCCGCGGAGCAACAAACUUUUAAGCAGUUCAUCACCGCUGCUGAUAAAGAGAUGGAACGAUACGUUAGGUCAAUAAAUGAAAUUUAGGAUUUAAAACAAAAUCCAGAAGUAAGUUUUGUUCAUUAUCUGUUAUCUCACUGCUAUGUAAAUACGUUAAUUUGAUC